GUGUAAUGAGGACUAUGUUGGUGCGCCCUCUGAUGGAGACGAUGGCACGGUGCGCCCGCUGCUCCCUCUGCCGGUGCUUUCUGCCCUGCGCUGGGGACGCGCCCUUCCUUCAACCUCGCUCGAGUGCAACAUGGAACCCGACAGGGUGGCAGGAGAAGCAGCUGCAGACACGCAAGGCGGGAAGUUCGGUGCAAUCUGUGCCGAAGAUGAAUUAAACGUCUUGCAGGAACUGUCAGAGUUGCCGGUGGAGACGGCGGGGAAGAGGCCGACAUGCUCUCGCUGCAGCCGCCCUCAAAAGGUUUGCCUCUGCCCAUUCCUUCCAGUGCAUCCGCUGAAUGUCUCCACGUGUCUGUAUAUAGUUCAGCAUCCUGCAGAGGGGAGUCGAGUACUGCGAACUGUGCCUCUGCUAGCUGCCUGCCUUCCAGCUGACAAAUGCAAGGUUUUUGUUGGUCGGCGUUUUAGUGAGGACAGGCAUCCUGAACUCGCAGCUGUUUGCCAAAGUCUUAGUACAUUUAUCCUAUAUCCUGGACCUGAGGCAAAGAACCUAGAAGAACUUGAACUUGACUCAUCACUGUCCCCAUAUAAUAUUAUCAUCAUCGAUGGAACGUGGAGCCAGGCCAAGGGGAUGUUUUAUGGAAAUUCUCUUUUCCGCUUCCCAAAGCAAGUUCAACUCCAAACCAGUUUAUCGAGCCAAUACAUAAUUCGAACUCAGCCAACAAAUACAUGUCUCUCUACAUUGGAGUGUGCAGCUUUUGCACUGUCAGUAGCUGAAAAGAAUCAUUGUAUUCAUGAGGUUAUUCUGCGUCCCCUUCAAGCUUUGUGUUCAUUCCAGCUUCAGCAUGGUGCUCAGAUCCAUCACAGCAAGGAACAUCUGAUCAAGAAUGGAUUGUAUGCAAAAUCAAUGCCAAAGAAUAAACGUAAACUUAAUAGAAUGGAACGUUUAGUGAACAAUGUCAAAGUAUAGGGGACAAGUAUAAUUUUAAGAUAGCUAUUUUUGUGAACAGAAAUUUUCUUGUGACAUUUUCUAUGAAUUCCUCAUCUUCUAUCAUUGAAUUUUCAUUUGGACUGUUGUCAAUUAUCUGACAUCUGAUUUCUUGUUGUUUGCUAUUAUUGUUUCAAUCUUAGCAUACACUUUGUGGGCAAGUUUCCUCAGUGCUUCCACUGCUAAACUGCAAUAAUUAUGCCAGAAAUUGGCAGGAGUCUUGAUUAUGUGCAUGAAUGAGAUUUUUAUGAAAAUUGAAUUGGCUGUAAUGAAACAUAAUGACAGACGUUCUGAGGAAAGUCAUCCUUUUAGAGGGUUGAAGCUAUUCUUUUAUUUUCUGAGAUCUUGUUUAAAAUUCUACAAUUCAGUAACAUGGUAAUGAAAAGUAUAUUUAUCUAACAUGUUUGUGUUAGCCUCACUUGAGACUUUCUCUCUCCUUUGGACAAGAAUUAGAAAUUUUACCCAGGCUUAUCUCAAUCAAGAUUACCUGGAUGUCUUCAGCCAGGAUGAUUUUAGCUAGUUCAUUCACUUAAAUUAUCACUUAGCAAAAGACAAUACUGGACAGUUAUAAGUGUGAUUUCAACAUUUGCUUCUUGCGUGGAAAUACUAAAUUUCCAUAGCAGCUCAGAGUGCACUUUUAGCUCCUGUUUGUGCCUUAACUUUCUUAUGCAUCAAACCUGAUUCCUGGUAAUUGGGGUUGGAUGGAGAAUCUUUUCUAGUCAGGAUAUUUCCCUAUCCUGUUUACACAUAUCACACUGUUUUCUUGGAUGAAACUGGCCAAUUGCAACCUAAACUGAAGAGGUUGGUCUAUCAGAGGUUGCUGAGGAAAGUCACACCUAGUACUUGGUUCUCAACUGGACUUAAAUCUUGAUGUGACUGACCCUCUUCUGAAGGGAGCUGUUAAGAAACUGACUGUGUUAAUGACAGUAGGACUUUCUCUAGCUGUUGUGCAGGGCUGUGUUUCAAACCCUUCUUCUCAGCACCCUUUUCUGACAGAUGGCUUCUCCAUGCCCGGGUAUUGUCACAGAUACUUUGGCAGUAUCAGGUGUGGGGGUUAUUGGUUCACUGCAUGCCAGUUAUGACAAUUAAUUGGUACCAUGUAUUUUCAGAGACCUGGAUUAUAAUGAAGGUGCUGUUGUUUCAUUUACAUUUCAGUUUGUAGAAAGAAAAUCCUGGUGCGUUACUGUGUUGUUCAGUUCACAUGUAAAGUUUAUAGCUCAGUAUUUAUCAAUGAAAAUAGAAGGAAAGAGCAAUCAAAAGUCAAUGUAAAGAUUGUGCAUUCAAAUUAGUAUAUCUGGAUGUCUUCUGGAGUAGCAUGCUAGAGUGAAGCUGGUACUUCAAUGGUUAGAAUGGAGUAAAAAGGAAAAUUAAAGAUAAGCUUCAUGUAUUUAUUUAUUUGCACUGGGGGAGGGUUUUUUUUAGCUGAUCUGCAGUUAUUGGGGGAUGUUUUAGUCUACAACUGAUACUAGUUGGAGGACAUGAAUCAGGAGAAAGUGAGGACUGCAGAUGCUGGAGAUCAGAGUCAAAAAGUGUGGCGCAGGAAAAGCACAGCACAUCAGACAGCAUCCAAGGGGCAGGAGAGUCGACAUUUCGGACAUAAGCCCUUCAUCAGGAAUGUGAAUGGCUGCCUCCAGUUCUUAAUGGAUCUUCAAUCAUGUAAGCUUUAAAGCUUAGAUUUUGGAAUUGGAAAGAAAAAGAUCUGAAUAAAGAAUCUGCUCAGUUUCAUCACUGCCUUUGCUGCAUUGCUUUGCAUUUUAUUGUGUUAAACUCAUCCUCAGCUGGAAUAAAGAAUCCAUUUCAAUAUAGUUUUCAAGCCACUGCAACUGGUAAAUAGUACAUGAUGAAAAUGGACCUUAGUUAUAUCAUCAGCUUUCAUAAGCAAAGUAUUGAAAGUGAUCUUACUAAGAAUGAAACAACUGUUGGGCUGGAUUUCCAGCUACAGUUUACUGUCAUUUGUUGAUAUCAAGCCUGCUACAAGACACUUCAAGGGAUUCUGAUUGGGAAGAAAACCAUGUGUUCAAUUGUCCAGGUCACUUUGCUAGUAAGUGCCAGAACUGCCAUUGGUAGCAACCUGAGAACAAAUGUGAAAUCCAGGUUGUUAACCGAUGAAAGUGCAGUGCAUGGAUAUUUCAAAGAAAUAUGGGAAAUAAAUGACAAACUUGUGGUGACUGUGAAUUUAUUUAAUCACAUCUGUGUAAAGAACUUUUUUAUUUGCUUUGUUUGAGCAGAUUUUAAAAAAUAUUUGUGUUCUAUAAUGGACUGGUGAUUUAGAUUUUAAAAAAUGAAAGUAUCAGUUGCAGAUUUCUUUGCUGUCAAUGUUGACAUCCAACAACGGAAGUGGAAGAUGUACCAUUUAAUUUUUUAAAUCUAUUUUUAAUAAAGAACUGUUGCAGAGAAGCCUUUCAAAACA